CUCAUUUUCCGAAUAUCAAAAUGAUGUAAAUUAAGUGAUCCAUCCGCCUACAUAUCAUCGGAGACCCACAAAGGUCUGUCAAGAAGACGUAUGACUCACAUUCAAUGUCUUCCCCAGAAGGUUGUGACAUCAUGGUCUCCGGGCGCUACUCCCACCGCUUUCCAACCUUUGUCCUUAUUGGCGGAGAUUUCACUCCUCAUCCAUCGCUACAACUCAGACUUCAUCUUCUCUACUCGAACUUUUCGUUUAACUACCAUCAUCUUCCAGAUCGACCCAAGAUUCAAACGACAUGUCACACGAUGAUCAAAGCUCGGCAGGAUCAGUCAACUCUGGCAGAUUGGACGAGUCGAGCUCGGCCCCUAGUCAGGCAGCUAGCAUGGAUGAUAGACCAGACUUCCCAGACUCGAGCCCUUUUCCUGACUUUGAUCCGACUCAGAUCCAACGGACCAGUACCCCAAAAGAUUGCAACCGAUCGCGAUGCGGUUCAGCAACCGAGUGCUCUCCAGCAUACGAAGCUACCGGGAUCGUGUCAUCAUCGCAGGAGUUGUACGGCGGUCGGUACACAAACGGGAGUGACUCCAGAGGAGGUGACUCGGAUAUCCAAAUGGUCAACUGUCGAACUCCCGAAAGAGACUUUGUGCAAGCAGAUAAUCCGAAUGACACCGUGGCGUCAACAACCGCGUCCAAAUUGGACUACAGACCACAAGAAUCGUGACCAGGAGCAAGACGGAUCUCCAACUAAGCGGCGUCGUCUUGGGGAUUGAACCGACAUGCCUCGCACCGUAAUAGAAGGAUUGUUCGAUUGGAGAGUACGGAUAAUCAUAACAUCGACUUCCUUCCUCUACACAUGCAUGGCACUUAUUG